AUGGACGGGCAAGUCCUAGCAUUGCUGGGAGACACUUUGAAGAGUGACACAGGCGUCAUCCGGUCUGCCGAACAGGCUCUUCGUGGUGCCUAUCCAGUUCGAGAAUUUCCCUUCGCUCUCCUGGCAGCGGCGGCGAACGAAGCGGCUGAUAUAUCAGUGCGCAAAGCUGCUCUAACAACACUGAAAGACUACGUCUCUGUGACAUGGUCACCUCAAUUCGACGAAACAUUUCAAGGCCAUGUCUACAUUGAUGAAGCCACGAAGACACCGAUCCGAGAACAACUUCUCAGCAUAGCCGCCAGUCAGACAGGACAUGCUUCCGCAGCUCUCCAGCCGAUCGCCGCUGCGGUGGUGGGCAAGAUCGCAACUGCUGACUUUCCAGAUCAGUGGCCUGGUCUAUUCGAGACAAUCGUCAGCAUCAUCAACACUUCCGAUCAUGAUGUCACUAUUAAAGGCGCUCUGAAAGUCCUCUACGAGCUGAUCGACUCUGGAUUGACAGAAGAUCAGUUUUUUGGCGUUGCUCGAGAUCUUGUCGGCUCAUUUCAUCGCAUUGCUGCUUCCAAUGACAGAGGUCUUAAUGUGAGAGCCUAUGCCCUCAACGUCUUUCAGUCUUCGUUCGACAUGCUAGAGAUGGUCAUGUCUGAUCAUGGACCAGCGGUCAAAGCUUUCCUCGACGAGACGCUCAAACAGUGGAUGGAAUUUUUCACAAGCGUACUCUCCGAACCAGUACCUCCAAAGGCAGCAUCUGCUGAAGACAAGGACUCGCCGAGACGAGGGUUGAUCACUCUGAAAGUUCAGGCUGUCAAAACGAUCGACAAGGUCAGACGUGUCCAUCCGGCGGGGCUGGCACCAUACUCGCUAGCUCUCUUCCAGAGCGUAUGGCAAGAUCUGGAACGAGUUUCUACGGAAUAUCAGGCGCUGUUUGUGGACGGUGACGAAGAAUCAAAGCUUGCCGACGAGAGUGACCAAUUACCUUACAGUCUUGAUCAAGUCGUCAUUGAAGAGCUCGACCUCUUGCAGGUCAUACUGAAAGCGCCUACGGUGAAAGCUGAGCUCAAUCAACAGUUGAGUCAGCAGACGACUGCCGAGGGCGGCAAUGGAUGGGUCCUGCAGCUUCUUGACCUGCUUGUCCGCUAUGCACGGCCUGCCAGAGAAGAGCAAGAAAUGUGGGAUGUCGACAUUGAUCUGUAUCUGACGGAUAUGAGCUCAGUCACGCUGAAUUAUACGCCUCGGAUGGCCUGUUCGGAAGUUGUGGCACAGACCUUACUGCCUUGGCUGCAACAGACAUUCCUCGAUACUGUGCUCAUCUAUGACGCGCAGCUAGCUGGAAGAAGACACAGCUGGAAAGACGACGAAGCGCUGCUGUACUUGCUCCUACAGGCUCUGAAAGAAGCCCAUGAUCAGAACAUCAACCACAACCCUGCUUCAGCCAGCAACCUGAUGGAACAGAUCAGCAAACAUCUACAAAACAGCAGCCCAUAUGUGCGAGCAGCAUCGCACUUUGUCUUCGGUUACUUCUUCAGGGUGGCCGGCGAAAGUCACGCCGCCUCUGCUGCCGAAGCUUUUGGCCGCACUGUGCAAGCCUCCGUUGUCGAUGAUUCAGAUAUCGUCAAAGUUGCCUGCUUCUCGGCAAUACCGGCUUAUAUGGAGCAUCUAUCCGGCGCUACUGCUUUGCAAUACCAGGCCCCUGUCUGUGAUGCUGUGGCAGAGUUUAUCGCCUCUCACGAUCUGAAAGAAGAUCUCGAGGAAGCUGACGAGGUCAAAGGCACUCUAGUGACUGUUCUGCACGAGGCACUGGCAGUCGACAUCUCUACGAUCACAACAACGACAGGCCUCGACUCCUACCUAACACUUGCUUCGGAGUCAGCAUCCUCGCCAAUACUCACACAGCAACUCAUCGACUCUUUCGAGACCCUUGCACAGCUUGCUUCAGGCAGUGCGGCGUACGACACGUUAUGUUCACGCACAGUUCCGUCUCUGAGUUCCGCCCUUGCCAUCGGAGAUUUGACAAACGACACCGCCUUGCCCUGUCUUGCUGCAGAGCUACUUUCACUGCUAGCAGAGAAUGGGCCCGAACCACUACCUGAGCUGUUCCUGCCUACUGCUCUGCCGAAACUUCAUCGAAUCCUCCUGUUCUCGACCUUGGACACCCUUGUCAGACCUGCAACGACUGCUGUGCAGUUCCUACUAUCAAAAGCUACCAGCCAAUACCUGAGUUACGCGACACCAGAUCAACCCCAACAGCCCGCGCUAGAGGUCACUCUACGGAUCAUUAAUCGACUGCUCAACUCACCUGACGUCGAUGAAAAUGCGGCGUCCGAAGUUGGGGCUCUUGCCUCCAGUGUGGUCACCCACUUCGGGGCUGACAAGCUUGGGCCUCAUCUGAUGGAGCUCCUCAACGCCGUAGCCUCACGACUCGCCUCAGCAGAGAAGAUCGCCUUCAUCCAAUCCCUCUGCAUGGUGUUCGUCAGCCUAUCCAACGCCGCGGCAAAGGACGUCGUGGACUUCUUGUCACAGAUUACCAUUGGCAACCACAAUGGCUUGCACGCAGUCAUGACGAAGUGGUUAGAAAACAGCAUCAUCUUCGCUGGCUUUGAUGAGGUGCGACAGAAUGUCGUAGCAUUAGCGAAGAUCUUCAGCUUGCACGACCAGCGUAUAGCCGCGAUCGGCGUAAAAGGCGACCUUAUCGUAGAGAACACUGGUCGCAUCAAGACGCGCAGUCAAGCAAAGAACAAUCCCGACCGUUACACUGAAAUCUCCGCUGAGCUGAAGAUCCUCAAAUAUCUUGUGGGUGAGUUGGACUCUGCUGUCAACAACUCCGGAGGCGGCAGAUUUGCUGCAUUGGCAGGCAAUGGUGUGGACGAUACUGGCAGCAUUGCGUCAGAGGAAGUUGAUGAUGACGAGUGGAAUGAUGUUGCAAACGGUGGAGCCGUUGAUCUGGACAAUCCUACUGUGAGAGCUGAGCUGAUGGGUUUUGACAACGAUGACGAUCUUGUUGGACGUGGUCCGAGAGAUGAGGAGGCGGCGCAGUAUCUGAGGAGCUGGUUCCAGGAGGAAGGAAAGCGGGCGGACUUCCAGGCUCUAUUUGUGCAACUGACAAGUGAUGAGCAGGAGCGGCUGCGUACUUUGGCGGCUUGA